AUGGAUAUACAAGAACAAUUAAAUGAAAAAGAUUAAGCAAUUAAAAUAUUAGAAUAAGAAAGAGAUACUUUAAUAUAAAAUGCUAAUGAAUUAAAAAAUAAUCAAAUCCUAUUAGAAAAGGAAAUUGAUAGAUAAAAAAGCAAUAUUUCGAAUUACGAGGCUGAACUAAUUGAAUUACAUAAGGAGAGAAAAUCUUGUGAUGAAUAAUUUCAAAAGUCGUAAAUUUAAAUAGAAUCUUAUGAACAAUAGAUAACUCUACUUAAUGAAGAUCUUAAAAAAGUCACCAUCUAAUGUGAUGAGGCCUUAUAAUAACUAUAAUAAAUUUAAAGUAGACAUGAUAUUGAAAUUAAAACACUUACUGAUUAAUUGAUGAAUGAAAAAGAGAAAAAUAAUGAAAUCAUCGAAGAAAAUCUACUUAAUAUCAAUAAUAAAUAAACUUAAAUUGAUUUGUUAAACUAAAAACUCAAUAAAUUCGAAUAAUAACUUCAAAAUAAUCUUACUAAUUAUUAAAUUAAUGUUGAGCAUCUAAAUAAGCAAAUUGAAAUAACAAAAUUAGAAAAAGAUGAAGAAUUACAAUAAACUGUUAAAUAAUUGAAGAAUGAAAUUGAUGAUUUAAAUAAAGCAUUAUAUGAAAAAGAAUAAAAUAACAAAUUUCAAUUACAAAUUGAUGAAUUAAAUUAAUAAAUCAUUUAGAAAGAAUAAUAAUACAUCAAUCAAUCUGAAAUUCAAGAAGAUUAAAUGAAGCAAUUACAAAUUUAAAUUUAGAUUCUUAAUGCUUAGAUUAAUGAAUUAUAAUAAAAAAAUGAAAACUAACAUUUAGAAUUAGCUAAACUUUAGUAAGAAUUAACUUAAAAAAAUGAAAGUUGCUAAACACUUACAAAUUAAUUAGAUUAAAUACAAUAAUAACUAUAAUAAAAAUAAUAAUAAUAAUAAUAAAAAUAGUCUUAAUAGUAAAAUUAAAAUAGUAAUAAUCUUUAAAAUUAAAAUAAUAACACUGCAGAAAAAAUGGUUACAAUUCCAAUGAAGGAAUUAUUAACCUGGGAUAAAAGAUCAAAAGAUCAAUAAAAUUAAAUAAAGGCAUUGUCAAAUGAAAUUUAAUUAUUGAAAAAUUAAUAAGAAGAAUAAUAAAAAUUACAGAAUUCUAAAUAAAUGAAAUCAAAUCUUUCAAUAGAAGGAAUGGUUUAAAAAUGUACAGCUUUAUAAUAAAUUAUUGAUGAAACAAGUCAGCAAAAUUCAAAAAUUACAUAAGAACUACAUACUUACAAAUUAUAAAAUUAGUAACUUAGAGAAGACUUAUAAAAUAUCUAACAAGAACUAAAAGAGUUAAGAGUAAUAGCUUAAGAUAAAUUUAGAUUGGAAGGAGAAUUGGCCUCUGCAAAUAUACAAAUUUCAGAAAACAAAGAUUUGAUGAAAGUAUUAUAAAUAUAUGAAUAAAAUAGAAAUUAAACGAGCUUUCAUCCAAUUUUGAAAAUAAGGAAGAAUAACUUGAAACAACAAAAAAAAAUUUAAGAUAAAGUGAGCAACUAAGAAAUAAUGUAUAUCCAGUCAUUUAUUUUAGCUUCAAACAAAGUUGGAUGAAAUUACAAUAUUAUAUUAGAAGACUACAUAAGAAUUAACAAAUGUAAAAUAGGAGAGAGAUUAAAAAAUAACAAAGUUAAAGGAUUUAGAAAAACUUAUAUAAUCAUAAUUUCAAGAAUAUUCGCAUUUGGAAUAAAAAUAUAAAGAUUCAUAAAUUAAUUGUGAAGAUAUGUAAAGUUAAGUUAAAAUUUUGUAAAAGAAGUAUUCUCAUGUAAAUUAUUUUUUUAUUAAAUCAGGAAACAGAAUAAUUAAAAGAUGAUUGUCUUUAAAAAUAAAAAUUAAUAUAAGCUUUAGAAGAAUCAAAUAAAAGUUUAACAAAUGAUCUUCUUGCUUUAAGAGAAUUAUAAUUUAGGUAAAAGACCCCUGAAGCUCCUUUGACAAAGAAAGAAAGAAUUGUAGUUGAAUCUCUUUCAUUAAGAGUACAAGAACUUGAAUUGGAAAAUAGAAAAACAAGGGAUGCUUUAUGUGCUAAAAUCGUUUAAUUAUAAAAUGAAUUAGAUUAGAAAACAAAUUACAUAAAUCUGAUUGCUAAUUAAAUAUCAAAAUAAUUCCCUUCUUUAUCAGAAUAAGAUCUUUUGGAUAAGGAGGAUAUAAAAAUGAUCUAACAGUUAAAAAAAAAACUUAAUAUUCAAGAAAUAUUAGAAGUAUCAAAUAUUCUAAAAAAUAGAAAACUCUUAUUGAAAAUUUGUAGCUUAGAGAUUAGAUUAAACUUUUGGGAACUGAAAUCAAUAAAAGAAAAUGA